UUAAACAAAUCUUCAUGAAUUUUCUCUAAGAUUUUAUUGGAAUGUGUUUGCCGCGAAUCAGCGACGAGAGUGAGGUUAUCACAGCAAUUUUCCUUGGGUUUUUGAGUGCCGUUUUCACACACUCGCUAUCGGAGGAGGAUAAUCAUAGGAUAAUACAAUAAUGGUGCAAUCGAAUGCUGCAACGCUUGGAGGGUGCUUCGAUUGAUCUGCUGUUCAUCAUCAUAAAGAAGAGCGGAAGAGCGGCCUCAGGAAAUAAAGUGAGUAGGCUAACUGUACUGUGCGGUUCUCAAAACAUCGUGUUACAUGGAAAAGUGAUAGUACAAUCUGAUGCUAUUAUUAGAGGUGAUUUGGCUAAUGUCAGGACAGGGCGCUAUUGUAUCAUUAGCAAGAAUGCUGUCAUCCGGCCGCCCUUUAAGAAGUUCAGCAAAGGGGUUGCCUUUUUCCCUCUAACGAUGGGAAAUCAUGUAUUUGUGGGGGAACGGGCAGUCGUAAACGCAGCGCUGGUCGGUUGUUACGUUUACAUAGGCAAGGAUGCCAUAAUCGGCAGACGGUCCGUCUUGAAGGAUUGUUGUUAUAUCGAGGACGGCGCAGUUGUGCCACCAGAGACUGUUGUUCCGUCCUUUACUCGAUUUGCUGGCAAUCCGGCGACUUGCGUUGAAGAGCUGCCUGAGUGCACGUUGGAUCUUAUGAUAGAUUUUACGAAGAACUAUUAUGAGCAUUUUUUACCGGCGCGCGUUUAACGCUCGCUUAGUAUUAUGUACAGUAACUCACAGUCAUAUGAUCUGUUUCUUUUAGCUGCAUAUUAUAUUUAUAUAUAUUUCCUGUAUUCAAAAUAAAAUAUAUAUGUAUAAUUAAGAUUAAAAAUUAUAAGAAAAUACAAGAAAUAUAGCUGAAAAGAAUAGAUCAAAAAUUGGUCGCAUAGGUUUUUGUAGUUAAUGCGCAUAUUUUUUUUUUUUAUUCUGGUUAAAUGAAAAAUGUUUGAAUCAAGUGUUUUGUUUUAUAAUUUAGGUAAUUAUAUAGUAUCGCUACCUCCACUCCGAUUUUGAUCCACUUGUUUGUUUAUGUUUCUUUAUCAAUAUUAACAUUAUUACCACAUUUACUACACGUAAUAGUACAUACUAAAACACCGUGUUGAAUUAAAAAAUCUACUAAUCUUUCCUUCGAAUAUGUUAAAUGAGCAAACUCCAGUAAACUCAGCAUUGCUCUUUGUUGUUAAAGAUUUUAAUACAAUAAAGUGCGCUAAUACACAAUUGUAUUAGCGCAUUUUAUUUCUUUAAAUUUCGUGUACAGUAGUUUAAAGUUACUACAACGCAUACGUAUGUGGUCGCAGAACAUGCGCGCGUGACCGCUGCGCAUACCCAUGUCACUAUAUUUUGUCGGUAUGACAGGUUUCGUAACCUGAAAAAUGGUCAACUUUAACGAUUAAUAUCUCGCUUCGCGCGGCAGAGCGACACUUUUUCCAAAUAGAAAAGUUUUAUUUAACGCAAAAACGCGUCGAAUAAGCGUGGUUGGAUCAAAAUCGGAGUGGAGGUAGCGAUACUGUAUAAUUACCAUAAUUUAAAAUAUCAUACUAUGCGCGUUUUUCUAUACAUUUAUGUUGCAAAUUUAAAAUCACUAUGCGGCUGAUUUCGACUAUCAGUCGCUGCAGCUUUUAUAGAUUUAUUUAUUACAUUUUGUACGCAUAUAUAAAACCAAUACAAAAUGUUAUUACUAAGAACACAUAG